AUGGAUCGCAUCGUCGGCGCCCUCGUCCUCCUCCUCGGUCUGUUUCAGUGCGUCAAUGCAUCCCCAUCCUCCUUCACCGACAGAGGCACUGCCGAUGCCAAUGCCUCCGUCGUCAGCAUCAACAAUGCUCGUCUGAAAAAGUCGGGCUGGCACUGGGUCGACACGUGGACGGCGAUGCCGCAGCUGACCGAGCCUGCGAAUCUGCCUCCGCCGCCAUUCAACGGAAGUGCAACCAUCUUCUUCAACUCGACCAUCCGCCAGACGCUGCACGUCUCGCUAGGCGCCGAGAAGCUGCGCCUGCGCGUGUCCAACGCGUUCGGCAUCACCAACCUCACCCUCAGCGAAGUCACCAUCGCCCUGCCGGCCGACGGCCAGGAAGGGACGAGCGCCAUCCAGCCCCAGACCCUGCAGCAGGUCACCUUCUCUGGCCAGCGCAGCGUCUCCAUCCCGGACGGCGGCCUCGCUGUCUCCGAUCCGCUCGACUUCCCCGUCAAGCCGCUGACGGUGCUCAGCGUGAGCAUCUACCUGGCCGACGGCCAGCAGGGCGGCGCCAUCACGUCGCAUCCCGGCAGUCGCACGACGACGUAUUUCUCGUUUGGCAACUAUGCGCAUGCGGCGAACCUGACGGAUGCGUCAGUGCAGAGUGUCGAGCAUUGGUACUUCAUCAGCGCCGUCGAAGUCUGGUCUCCCCCGUCAGCACGCGCAUUUGCCAUCAUCGGCGACAGCAUCACGGACGGUCGAGGCAGUGACGACAACAAAGACGACCGCUGGCCCGACCUCGUCCUGGACAAGAUGCAGCAACACCCAGACACGGCCUCGAUCGCCGUGCUCAACCAGGCAGCCGGCGGCAACCGCAUCCUGCAAGACGGGCUAGGCCCGAACGUCAUCAGCCGAGUAGACAGGGACAUCCUAGCGCAAUCCGGGGUGCGGUACGCGAUGAUCUUCGAAGGGGUCAACGACAUCGGCGUCGCAGACCCCGACCCAGCAACCCAGCAAGCCAUCGGCGACAGUCUGAUAGCGGGGUACAUCCAGAUUGCGGAGCGGAUCCACGCGCAGGGGAUCCCAUUCUUCGCAGCGACCAUCACGCCGUUUGGCACGCCCGCAGGGAGCAAUUCCAGCGUGCAGCCUUACUCGAACCCCGUGCGCGAGCAGACGCGGCAGCGCAUCAACACCUGGAUCCGCACCAGCGGCGUGUUCGACGCCGUCAUCGACUUUGACCGCAUCGUGCGCGAUCCCAACGAUCCGUCGGUGCUGGCGCCGGAGUAUUUUCCUGUACAUACGUUGAUAAUAUAUAUAUAUACCAAGGUCUAA